CAAAAUUCCAGACGGCUCAGCUGCGGCUGCACACGUUUUGAUGAAGAGACGAGCUCACCGUGUUUGUUACAGAACGGCUACUUCACUGGCGCUUCAUUCUCAGCUUCUGACACGACACGGUGGUCAAGAUGGCACAGUUCGGCUUUGAGAACGACAUCCACAGCAUCCUGAAGCUGGACAUGCCCAUCACCAAUGCUCCCAUGGCGAGGUGGCAGAGGAAGGCGAGCAGCUCCGCGCUGAGCAGCCUGUCCCCCGUCAAAUCCGCCAACGUGUCCCAAAACUCCUCCAAAACGCCGAGCAAAACGCCAGGCAAGAACAUAAAGCAGACCCCGUCAAAGGUGAGGGGUGACCGCUUCAUUCCACAAAGAAACGGCAAACAAAUGGACGUUGCAAGUUUCUUGCUCAGCAAGAAGAACGAGCAAACAGACACAAGCGCAACGGGAACAUCGGAGAUCCAAAAGGCAUGGUCUGUGUCACUGAAUGGAUACAACAUUGAAGAUGCCAAGAUCCUCCACCUGGGGGGGAAGCCACUGAAUGCACCUGAAGGGUAUCAAAACAACCUGAAAGUCCUUUAUAGUCAGGGUACAACUCCCGCCUCCAUGAAAAAGACGAGAUACAUUUCUUCAACACCAGACAGGAUCUUGGAUGCUCCUGAUCUUAGAAAUGAUUUCUAUUUGAACCUUCUGGACUGGAGCAGUCAAAAUCUUUUAGCUGUGGCCCUUCAUAACAGUGUUUACCUGUGGGAUGCCACUCAGGGAGACAUCAUCUUUCUCAUGAAGAUGGAGCGCGAUGAGGACUACAUUUGCUCGCUGUCCUGGACGAAAGAGGGAAGCUAUCUGGCCGUUGGCACCAGUGACUGCCAAGUUCAGUUGUGGGAUGUCGACAAUCAGAAGCGUCUGCGGAGCAUGGCGAGUCAUACAGCGAGAGUUGGCAGUCUCAGCUGGAAUGAGCACGUACUUUCAAGUGGCUCCAGAUCAGGACACAUCCACCAUCAUGACGUGAGGGUGGCAGAGCACCACAUUGCAACGCUCAGCACUCACUCGCAGGAGGUGUGCGGCCUGAAGUGGUCCCCCGACGGGCGAUACCUGGCGAGUGGCGGCAACGACAACUUGCUGUGCGUGUGGCCUCGUCCUCAAGAGGGCAGCGGCGGCAACGAAAGCCAGACGGUCCAGUGCUGGAGCGAGCAUCAGGGAGCCAUCAAGGCGUUGGCCUGGUGUCCAUGGCAGUCGAGCAUCCUGGCCUCUGGCGGCGGCACCAGUGACCGCCACAUCCGCAUCUGGAACGUGAACAGCGGGUCCUGCAUCAGCUCACUGGACACACAGUCUCAGAUCUCAUCGCUGGCAUUUGCACCAAACUACAAGGAGCUGGUCUCUGCACAUGGAUAUGCCCACAACAAUGUGGUCAUCUGGAAGUACCCGUCUCUCACCAGAGUAGCAGAACUCAGUGGCCAUGAGGACAGAGUUCUGUCUCUCACCAUGAGCCCAGACUGCUCCACCGUUGCGACGGUUGCUGGAGAUGAGACAAUCCGCCUGUGGAAAAGCUUUGAGGUGGAUCCCGUCAAAAAGAAGGCUAAGGAGAGGAUGGCCAAACCCACGAGUGGCGUCAUUCACCAGACAAUCAGAUAAUCUUGGCCUCUCUUUAAUGACCUGAUAAUGGUAAAUGUAUUUGAUGGAGCCUUUACAACUCGGUUGAUGCCUUGUUUUGCUCAGAUUGAUGGCAUUAUUUGCCGAUUGCAGUUGUGUGUACGUAUGCAGGCCUGCCUUUAUUUUAAUUUUUUUUUUUCACAAACAUAAUGGUUUUUUCAAAUGUAUUUAUAGCAGACGGCUUGCAUUUUAAGGUGACCAUAAUGC